GAGAGACCACGCCUGGGGCGGGGAGUGUUUAUGAAGUUAAGUCACUCCAGAGUCACCCACCGCAUCUGUGCGCGGCGCUAUCCUUGUUCUAGUUUGUUUCGCAGGAGGACGUUGCCUAUACUUGAACUGUCGAGAGGGAGAGAAAGAAAGAAGAACUUUUUUUUUUCUUCCACGUUUCACCCUUUAAAACACGAUGGCAGGAGUGGCAUCGAACCUGGCCAAGAAGCGAGCCCUGGCAGCGGGGUUCGGGACUAACAGCAACGCCGUGAAGUACUCGAACCAGGACUUUGAAGCGCUGAGGAGCCAGUGCCUGAGCCAGGGGAAACUUUUCACUGAUCCAACUUUCUCCGCCGCACCCGAGUCUCUGGGCUUCAACGAGCUCGGGCCCAAUUCGUCCAAAACUAGGGGCGUCGUUUGGAAAAGACCAGGAGAGCUCUGUUCCAGUCCACAGUUCAUCGUGGGCGGAGCCACCAGGACUGACAUCUGUCAGGGAGGUCUCGGUGACUGCUGGCUGCUGGCAGCUAUUGCGUCUCUGACGCUCAAUGAUGAUGUCAUGGCCAGAGUGGUGCCCCGGGACCAGAGCUUCGAGGAUAACUACGCAGGAAUCUUCCAUUUCCAGUUCUGGCAGUUUGGCGAGUGGGUGGACGUUGUCAUUGACGACCGGUUGCCAGUCAAAGAUGGGGAGCUGCUGUUUGUGCACUCAGCCGAGGGCUCCGAGUUCUGGAGCGCCCUACUGGAGAAGGCCUACGCCAAAGUGAAUGGCUGUUAUGAGGCCCUGUCUGGCGGCUCCACCACCGAGGGCUUUGAGGACUUCACGGGGGGCAUCGCGGAGCAGUACGACCUGAGCAAGGCCCCGGCCAACAUGUUCUACAUCAUCAAGAAGGCCCUGGAGUCUGGAGCCCUGCUGGGGUGCUCUAUAGACAUCACCAGCGCUGCAGACUCCGAGGCUGUCACCCGUCAGAAGUUGGUGAAAGGCCACGCAUACUCACUCACAGGGGUCACGGAGGUGAACUACCGGGGUCGUAAGGAGAAGCUGGUGCGAAUGCGUAACCCCUGGGGUCAGGUGGAGUGGACCGGGGCCUGGAGUGACGGGUCUUCCGAGUGGAACAGCGUGGAUUCUUCAGAACGGCCGAGUGCCAACAAAGAGGACGGAGAGUUCUGGAUGUCCUUCACUGAGUUCCUGCGGCACUGGUCGCGUAUCGAGAUCUGCACUCUGACCCCCGACACCAUCACCAGCGACGACGUGAAGCACUGGAGCGUGUGCAACUACGACGGAGGCUGGAGGAAAGGAUCCACCGCAGGGGGCUGCCGCAACAACCCCUACACGUUCUGGAUGAACCCCCAGUUUGUGAUCAAGCUGGACGAGGAGGACGACGACCCCGACGACGGGGUGGAUGGCUGCAGCUUCCUGGUCGGGCUGAUCCAGAAGAACCGGCGCCGCCUGCGCAAGGUGGGAGAGGACAUGCACACCAUUGGGUUCGCCAUCUAUGAGGUCCCUCCACAGUUCCGCGGGCAGCGCGAGGUUCACCUGGACAAGAACUUCUUCAUGACGCACGCGUCGGCCGCCCGCUCCGAGACCUUCGUCAACCUGCGGGAGGUCAGCAACCGCUUCCGCCUGCCGCCGGGCGAGUACCUGGUGGUGCCCUCCACCUUCGACGCCCACCUCAACGGGGACUUCUGCCUGCGCGUCUUCUCCGAGAAGCAGAGUGAAGUGCUACCCUGCGACGAUCCAGUCGAUGCAGUUUUGGAUGACGAGACGACGUCGGACGACGACGUGGACGCUAACUUCAGAGCUCUGUUCGCCAAGCUGGCGGGAGACGACAUGGAAAUAUCUGCAACAGAGCUGAAGACCAUUCUAAACAAGAUUGUGGCCAAACGUACUGACAUUAAAACCGACGGCUUCAGCCUGGAGACCAGUCGUGUCAUGGUCAACCUCAUGGACGACAGUGGGAACGGUAAACUGGGCCUGGGGGAGUUCGCCACCCUGUGGAAGAAAGUACAGAGAUACCUGGGCAUCUACAAGCAGAAUGAUAAGGAUAAUUCCGGAACAAUGAGCAGUCCAGAGAUGCGGAUAGCGCUCAAGGAAGCAGGCUUCACUCUGAACAACACUAUCUACCAGCUGCUGGUGGCGCGGUAUGCUGAGCCCGACAUGACCGUCGACUUUGACAACUUUGUGGGGUGCCUCAUGCGUCUGGAGAUGAUGUUCAGAGUCUUUAAGAAGAUUGAUGCCCAUGACAGUGGCUCCAUUGAACUGGACUUCGAUCAGUGGCUGACGUUUGCCAUGAUUUGAUCCAAACGACCUAUGACCUUUGCCCUCCACCCUCCCGGCCCAUUUGCAUGGCAAGAAUGCACAAGUUAAGGCACAACUAAAGUAUUACAGCAAAAUAUAUAUUUCAGUGUGUCUUCUAAGAUGAUUUUAUGACACCUUUUUGUAUAUCUUUUACAUUGCAUGAUACGUGUGUGUUUAUUUCCAUCAUCUUGUAAUGUCUUAGUGAGAUAAAAAAAAAAAAAAAAAAAAAAAAAAAAAAAAAAACUUUUAGGUGUUGGAAAGAAGACUAAAACUUGUUUAUAAAGUCUUGUCCUUUUUUAAGGAAAGCCAUUUUCUCCUGUCUUUGUAUUGGAAAUGUUAAACUUUAUUAAACAUAACUCUACUGUUUCCUAA